AUGGCUUUCGACUACGUCUGGACCCCGACAACCAACGAGACAAUCUUCUCGUUGGACAGUCCAUUGACCGACUAUGAUGACCGUUACUUUGGGAUUCGCCGCAGCCCCAGCUCGGAAAGUUCAAAAAUUGACGUCGAUCUACUAGCCUUUUUGGAGUCUGAGCCGUCUACUACAACAAAGGUCGAGCGUCUAUCAUCUUACAUACAAGAAAUACUACAGCAAGCCCGGCCUUCACGCAUGGACGAUAACUGGGGAAUACUUCAAAAAUGUCUCGAGUACUACAAUCGAUCAUUGCUUUGCCAAGAAAACAUUCAUACCGUGGUGUCCUCUCUCGACCUUGAUCUGCAGAAGAAACUUGAUGUUAUCCAUACUUACUACGCAGUAAGUUCGCUGGUUGACUCGCAUACAAAGUCUGUGGGCAGCUCUCUUCUGUCCGAUGCGUCUAGCCACAAGGCUAAGAUUAUUUGUGUCUUUGGAGGCCAAGGAGUUGAGACCUACCUAAAUGAGCUUCGAGAAAGAUACAAUACAUAUCAGUCUCUCCUCCAGUCAUUUAUCAUCACCCUUUCAGAUCAUCUUCAGAUGCUGGCUUCCGACAUACGUAUAAAACAUAUGUAUCCUCAUGGACUUGACAUCAGGGGUUGGCUAGAAUGCCCUGAGUUGACACCAGACUCGGAUUACCUCUUGUCCGCUCCCGUCAGUAUGCCCUUGAUUGGGCUGGCACAGAUAGUCAACUACUUUAUUGUUUGUAAGGUGCUUGAUGUGUCUCCGGGAGAUUUCCGGAAUCAUCUAGCCGGAGCAGCUGGUCACUCCCAAGGUAUCGUUGUAGCUGCUCUUCUAGGCACAGCAUCGUCCUGGGGCUCAUUUGACAAAGCUACCCGGACUGCAUUGACAGUGCUGUUUUGGAUUGGCUGCCGAUCACAACAACACUUUCCUGAGAGCUCAAUACCGCCGAUCUCCAGAAGUGAUUCAGAGAAGCUUACUCCCAUGUUAAGCGUCAAGGGUUUGUCAUUGAAGACACUAGAGAACCAUAUAUUUGCACUCAACAACCAUCUACCGUCAUCCAAAAAGAUCCACCUCGCAUUAGUUAACAGUCCGCGCCAGUUUGUUGUUGCUGGAUGGCCUCCCUCUCUGUAUGCUCUCAAAACAGAUUUAUCCAGCGACGAUGUUUCGUCGGCACAAGAGACGCCACGAGUACCCUACAGUCACAGGAAACCUGUGGUACAUACGCGUUUUUUAUCCUCAACUGUUCCUUUUCACACGCCUCUUCUAGAAAGUGCUUCAAAGCAAAUCCAGGAAGAUCUUGGACAGUUGAUUGUCAGGGGCCAUGACAUUCCAUUUCCAAUUUUCAGCACCGAUACCAACGUCGAUCUCAGAGAACACGAUAACAUAAUAAAUGCUCUCGUCCGUAUGGUCACGGUUGGAACAGUCAAUUGGGAGGGGGCGCUCAAAUUCCCAAAAAUAACCCAUGUUAUGGACUUUGGUCCAGGAAAGGAGCAUGGAAUGGGGUCACUUGUCAACACACUAAAAGCUGGUACUGGUGUCCGGACUAUCUUGGCAAAUAUUCUCCAGGGACCCAGCAAGACUCUGGGUUACACUUCUGAAUUGUAUUCCAGCAAGGAAGAAGUUGUAUACCCGAAUACAUGGGAAGAAAAAUUCGCACCUCGUCUUAUUCGGACAGCGGACCGCAGGAUUACCGUCGAUACGAGAUUCAGUCGACUGACAGGUCUUCCACCGGUAAUGGUAGCUGGAAUGACGCCGACUACGUGUUCAUGGGAAUUCGUAGCUGAAGUUAUGAAGGCCGGAUUUCACGUUGAAUUCGCAACUGGUAGAUACCAUAAUGCGGAGAGUAUGAAAGCAGCCCUUUCCAACCUUGUGACUGCUAUUCCAUCUGGCCGUGGAGUCACCUGCAACGUUAUAUAUGCAGAUCCUCGUGCCUUGGGUUGGCAAAUCCCGCUCUUGGUUGACCUACGGCAAUCUGGCUUUCCAAUCGAAAGCCUAACCAUUGGAGCUGGUGUUCCCUCAGUUGACAUCGCAAAUGGUUACAUCAAGGAUCUUGGUCUUAGAUAUAUUUCUUUCAAGCCAGGUUCUAAAGAUGCAAUUGACGCAGUCAUGAGAAUUGCCGAGGCUAAUUCUACAUUCCCCAUCGUCCUACAGUGGACAGGAGGGCGAGCAGGAGGUCAUCACUCUUUUGAAGACUUCCAUAACCCCAUAUUAGAGAAAUAUGGGCAGAUUCGAUCACACUCAAAUAUUAUUCUCAUGGCUGGGAGCGGGUUCGGAGGGUCUGAUGAUACGUAUCCAUAUUUGACCGGGACAUGGUCUCAACAGUUCGGACACCCUCCGAUGCCAUUCGAUGGAAUCCUUCUAGGAAGCCGGGUAAUGGCUGCAAAAGAGGCUCCCACCAGUCUUGCAGCUAAACAAGCCAUCGCCAAUGCUUCAGGCAUCCAUGACAACAUGUGGGAAGGUACAUAUCAGCGUUCCACUGGAGGUGUCAUCAGUGUGAAAUCAGAAAUGGGAGAGCCUAUCCACAAACUAGCAACGCGAGGUGUACUCCUCUGGGCUGAGCUCGAUAAAAAGAUCUUCUCGCUUCCUUCAGCAAAAAAAUUGGUUGAGCUAGGAAAGCAGAAAGACUACAUCAUUUCGAGGCUAAAUAUGGAUUUCCAGAAAGUCUGGUUCGGUCAGACAUCGGCUGGAAAGCCCGUGGAUAUGCAGCAAAUGACAUAUACUGAGGUUCUGAAAAGACUUAUCGGUCUUCUUUAUCCAAAGAACAUCGAGUCCUGGGUUGAUCCGUCUUAUAAAACGUUUACGAUGGAUUUCAUUAGAGUUGUCGAAGACAACUUUGGGUCACGAACGCGGAGAAACGCAGUACUCCAACAUAUUAGUCAGUUGGAAAAGCCAUACCAGCUUCUAGACCACAUUUUCAGAGCAUACCCCGACACUAUAAAUACUAUUAUUACUGCACAUGACGCAAAUUCCCUCCUACGCCUUUACCGCCGGCCGGGUCAGAAACCCCUACCCUUUAUUCUCGCACUCGACGAAACAUUUGAGUAUUGGUUCAAGAAAGACUCUUUGUGGCAGUCAGAAUCAAUAGAAUCAGUUAUUGACCAGGACGUUGGCCGUGUAUGCAUCUUACAUGGCCCUGUUGCUGCCCAAUUCACCAAGGUGGUUGAUGAGCCUGUACGCCACAUCCUUGGAGGGAUUCAUGAUUCUCAUAUAGAUGGUAUUUUAAAGGAGCGCUACGCAGGAGAUAACUCUAAGAUUCCCAGUAUUUCCCAUCUUUAUAGUGACUUCAAACCCGUCAAAGAGAGGUUCGAAAUACCUGGAUUGGUUAUGCAGCGUUUCAAUGAGCCUUCCAUGCUUAUUUUCCGACUGGAGGACUCGGGUUCUCCUCUCCCACAAGUACAAGAGUGGGCCCGUCUACUAGGAGGUCAAACACCAUCAUGGCGGCAAGCAUUGCUAACCCUCGACAACAUUGUCCAGGGCCAAAUGCAAGUUCCAAAUCCUGUGAAACAAAUGCUUGCCCCCCGUCCCGGUCUUACUGUUCAAAUCAUUCAUCCUGAUGACCCCAAGGAAACUGUCAUCACCUUGAAACAGAUUCCCCGAAAAGGUAGCUGGGAUGCAGCUAGUGUAGAAAUGAGAGCUUUGUCUACCACAGAGAUUCAAGUGACUCUGCGAGAGCCACCUAUAGCGGAACGAGAACCAGAAAGUUUGACAUUCUGUUUCGCUUACAAAGUUGAAUCUGGAAUGAACCCGAUACAGGAAAUUAUGGACGCGCGAAAUUCACGGAUAACAGAGUUCUAUCGCCGUAUUUGGAUAAACCCAGAUUCUCAAAGUGAACGCAGCAAAGCCGAUACGCAAGGCGAUAAAUUCCUUGUCACCAGAAAAGAUAUUUCUGACUUUUCUAAGGCAAUCGAAAAUAAAAACGCCUUAUAUCACUGGCGCCCUGAGAUGCCUCUCUAUGCGCCUUUGGACUUUGCCAUUGUCAUCGCUUGGAAAUCGUUAAUGGGGUGCUUAUUCUCAAAUGCUAUUGAUGGGGACUUAUUGAAGUUACUGCAUCUAGGUAAUCAUUUUGAAGUUCUCGAUAACGCUUCUUGCAUUUGUGAAGGAGACGUGCUCUACACAACUGCAGAAACAAAGUCCAUCAGAAUCAGGAAGGAUUCUGGUAAAAUCAUUGAAGUCCAUGCCACCAUUCAUCGCGACCAUAAGCCAAUUGUUCUCGUUAAGAGCGAGUUCAUAAUCCAAGGCUCUUAUACUGAUUACGCCAAUACAUUUGAGGUCAGAGAAGAGAAACCGUGGCAAAUACCCCUUACAUCUGCAAAGGACGUGGCUGUGCUUCAGUCACGAACUUGGAUGAGAUGUAAUCCUGGCAUUGAUCUCAAAAAAUUUAUAGGUCGAAACUUAGUCUUUCGCCUACGAAGCCGUUACACAUUCAAAGAUUCUGUUUUUUUCGAUCGUAUCCAAACGACCGGUGAAGUAACAGCAGUAUUAGACAACGUCAGGAUUGUUAUCGGGUCUGUCUAUUUGAAGAGCACAGAAUAUGGUCGAAAUCCAGUGAUCGACUUUUUGGAGCGUCAUAGUAUUGCGUUUGAUAGAGUGGAUCGCUACAACACUCCAAGGCCCCUGUGUGAAGAUAUUCAAGUGAAAGCGCCAGUUUUCAGCGAGCCCUACGCUCGUGCUUCAACUGACUUCAACCCAAUUCACUUAUCCGAAGCGUUUGCCCGUUAUGCCGGCCACGAUGGCACGGUUAUUCAUGGAAUGUAUACCAGUGGUCUCAUCCGUGGGAUUGUGGAGCUAUACGUUGCCGAAAAUGACCCUGAACGUGUCCAGUCUUGGUCUUGCUCUUUCAAAGGGAAGGUCAACCCUGGGGAUGACAUCCAGGUUAGCGUGAAUCAUGUUGGAAUGGACGAUGGCCGGAUGAUGAUAUCGGCGACUGCUCGCAGCAUCAAGACAGGAGCCGAGGUUCUUUCUGCUACAGCAAAUGUUCUCCAGAAAAGAACCGCUUAUGUAUUCACAGGCCAGGGCAGUCAGGAUGCCGGAAUGGGGAUGGAGCUCUACGAGCACAGCGAAGCAGCAAGACAUGUCUGGGACACAGCAGAUCAAUACUACCAAGAUACCUAUGGGUUCUCGAUCAUUGAUAUUGUUCGUCGGAACCCUAAAGAGCUUACCAUAUUCUUUGGGGGAAAACGUGGGAAGGCGAUACGUGAGAAUUACAUGUCGUUGAUCUUCGAUGUGGCGGAUAGCCAUGGCAACCUCGCAACGGUUAAAGCCUUCCCCGAAAUCACUAAUACAACUCGAUCAUACACGUACCAGUCCGAGAGUGGUUUACUUCAUGAAACUAUCUUCACCCAGCCUGCGAUGGCAUUUACAGAACUGAGUCGGGUUCACGAAAUGCGGGCGCGAGGUGUCAUUGAUCGUAAUAGUUGUUUCGCUGGACACUCGCUAGGUGAAUUCAUCGCUCUGGGAGGUCUCGGAGAAUUGUUCACACUAGAUGGACUAGCCGCACUUACCUUUUACCGUGGCCUCACAAUGCAAAAGGCUGUCAGGCAAGAUGGACAGGCAGCCAUUGAGUACUCUAUGUGUGCAAUCAACCCAGCUCGUCUUUCGACAGAUUUUCGAGAAGCCGAUCUUCGUCUUGUAGUUGAGGCAGUUGCAAGAGAGACAGGUGGUCUCUGUGAGAUCGUAAAUUACAAUGUUGAAAAUAUGCAGUAUGUCUGCGCAGGGGAGUUGCGCUGCCUAGACUGCUUAGCUGGUGUUCUGGAUCAGCUAGCUACUCAUCCGAUCAUAUUUAAAGCCAACGACUUCACAUCCAGCGAAACACGUUCUGAACUGCAGACAAUCAUUCAAUCAUCGUUAGCACAUACAACAGCUAAGCCCCAGCCACUGAUCCUAAAGCGUAGCAAAGCUACGAUCCCACUGAAAGUCAAUGUUCCCUUCCAUAGCAGUCUUCUGCGGCCCGGGGUUGACUCUUUUCGACGAAUUCUGGAGAGGUCAAUUCCUAAUCAUAUGAUACAGCCUGAGCUUUUGAUUGGGAAAUACAUCCCGAAUCUAACAGCGAAGCCUUUUGAACUGUCCAAGGCAUACUGCUCAGAUAUCCUAGCUCUUACAAAGAGCUCUCGGAUGCAUGAGAUUCUAGAAAAUGUGCGUUUCCUUGUCCCUGCAAGUCUAUCGUUCACAACGCCUAGAUUGCUAACUUGA